AUGAUAUAUCAAUCUUAAUGUUUCAAGUUAAAAAUAAAUCAAUCAUUUUGCUUGGUAUUGUUUUAUUCCAUAUAAAUUUUUAGGAUACUUCAUGAUAAUAUAUAGAGCAGUCGAAUCCUCUUGGCUUUAAAUUAAUCAAAAAAAACAUUAAUAUUAAAUAGAUUUCAAUUGAAUGAAUGUUGCCUUUUUGACGUACAAUCUUCAAUAUUUAUAAAGUGGUUAUUUGUUAGAAUGUGUUUUAGAAAUGAUAGGCAAUUUAAGAUAAUUAAAUUUAAAAUUUGUAUGUUAUAGUGGCUCUUGUAUUAUAAUUCCAUAUAGAGAAGGAACUCUGAUUGUAAGAGUAGUUUAUGAGAAUUUUGAAUAAUUAAUUUAGAUGUGAAAUAUAGCAACGCCUAUUUUAAAACUAUGAUGAAACCUAUAGAAAUAUAUAUAUAUAAUAAAAUAUCCAAAAAAUAGAAUGAAAUGAAAAUCAACAUUAGUGAUGACUAGUAAAAAAUUUAGGUCAGUAUUUAUGUCAGUAUAAAUAUAUUGCUUUUGGAAGUGGAUGGACAGUUUAGGAAAUUAUGGCUUACAGUUAUCCAAAUAUUGAAAUGCUUAAUAAAUUAAAGAUUUGUGAUGAUUGUGAUCUUUGAAAUUUAAUAAUCACUUUCCCUAUUGUAUUUUUAGCUAUUAAAUUGA